AUGCCGUUAGCGACAGCCUCGAUGUUUGUCCUGCCAGAGUACGAGGAGUACGUGAAGCUCUAUGAUGCGCUCGAGCCGGAAACACAGGCAUGGGUCCUCAACUAUUUUUACCGAUACGUCCUGGAGCCCAGGAUGCCGACUGCACGGUUUCUGCGCAAGGUCACCAGCUAUAGCCGAGGAGAGAUGGCUCGCAUGCACAACGAGGCCUUGUCGCGUCUGGUGUCGAAUAAACCUGAAGAUUGGCGACUCGAGCUGACGGACGAGCUGGUGUGUGACACCCCGACCCCGCAUCGACCGUUCAAUGCCCCGUUCCCUCCAAUAUCCAGCCCAUACAGUCGGCCUGACAACCCAGUGCCGAACCUGGCGACCGACAUCACAUGCCACCUUCACCCAACCGCCCUGUUGUUGUGCGAGCCAGACCUGCGCAAUGACCGACGCAGCCUGGUCGCCGUGUACGAUGGUGUGUACGUCGACGUGAUGGUGCGAAUCCUCUGGCGCCUGCAGUAUGAGCUGAAUUCACCAUUGCGGAUCCACGACGACGACCAUGAGCGCCUGCUGCAGCUCGUCACCGAAUCCAACGUCAAGUACGCGGCCUUGUUUGACGAGCGGUACCAGGCCAUUGACCGUUACGACCUGGAGCGUUGGCAACGCGAGCGUUAUCUGCAUCUGUACAUGACGUCGCAUCUUGGCCACGAGGUCCAGGUCGAGCACAAUGGGCUGGGCGAGAGUGUGUUCCAUCUGUUGCCAGGAGGAAUGGCCAUCGCCCUGACCACCGGGAUCAUGAUCGACUGGGUUCACGAGCGGCGCAACCAGGACGCAGGCGGCAUCGUCGUGGUCGCCACGACCGCUGGAGACGUCGCCGCAUUCGAGGUCACGGGCGUCGAAGAUAUGGACUUUGUGCCUCAAGGCGGGUUCAUCUUCCGCGACGGUUACAGAUGGCCUUCCAUCGGCCAUGGCUGGGAUAUGCGUGCGUUCCGCUUCCUCCGCCCGCCAACUCCGGAUCCGGAUGAGCCAAAUGGCGGUCUAGGCCCUUUUCCACUUUGGGCUCCAGGUCAGAUCCUGCCCAUUCCCCAGAUUGAACGAGUCCCGUGUCCGUAUCAUCCUGCGCAUGUUUGUUUUGAGGAUGACGAUGACUGA